AUGGCCAUGGAGGAGGGCACUAUGGAAUGCCCUUUCUGUGGCUAUAAAGCCGCCGAGGGCGAAUAUGCCAUGUUACUUCAUAUGGAAACCUUUCAUGCUGAGAGCCAGUCUUCCUUGGAUUUGAAUGGGGAGGCCUCGCCGGGCAAGUUCGAGGAAAGCGAAUACAUCGAGUGUCCCAUCGAGGGCUGCGGCGAGGUCCUCCUGCUGGAUGAGAUGGACUUCCACGUGGAACUGCACGCACAAGAGGCCGAGCUGUACUCGGAACCGCAGGAGCUACCGGCCAGUUUCAAGGCGGAAGGACCCACCCCGGGGCCCUCGCGGAGCCGGUCUCCUCCGCCGGCGGUCUCCAGUCGGCAGCAGACCGCCAUCCAUGCGUGGAGGAACCUCUUGGCGAUGCCAUCUUCGAAGCGUGGGGCGAGCGACGGCGAGAAGCACUCUGUUAUCAGCGCCGCGCAAGCUAGGAGACUUGGGAGAUCCCAGCUUGGGAAAUAUGCCCACGAAGACCGCAUGCCUGACUGGCUGGUCUCCCAUCUUCAGAAGGGCGGCCAAGUAGACCAAGCAGGUGUGAUCCCGGUCCUCGAACAACUUCUCGCGCAGUCUUCGACGACGAAGUACGCGUACUUGUGCCACGGCUGCGUCCACCACGUCUCCAAACUCAAGAAGGAGGGUGGGUUUUGCGGCUAUCGGAACAUCCAGAUGAUGGCCUCGUACAUCAAUGGGGUCCGGCUCCAGGGACACCAGCAAUUCAAGAAGAAACUGCCGUCCGUGUUCCAGAUUCAGGACUUGAUCGAGACGGCAUGGGAUGCUGGCAUCAACGCGCAGGGACGCGUUGAGACCGGUGGCAUCAGGGGGACUCGCAAGUACAUCGGCACGCCCGAGGCUCUAGCCAUGUUCAGGCUCCUGGAAAUACCCUGUGACGCCCAAGGAUUCAAGGACAGGGAACCGGGCAAAUCCGAGGCGCUGUUGAUCGAGCAUGUGGAGAACUAUUUCAUGUCCGGAGUGAUCGAUCCGGGACAGAGGGUACGACCCACAAACCUGCCCCCGAUCUACUUCCAACAUGCCGGUCACUCGAUGACGAUCGUCGGAUUCGAGAAGGAGAAGAACGGGUCCAAGAACCUCCUCGUCUUCGACCCCAUGUUCUGCGACGCCUCGGGCAUCGUGAAGCUGGUCGGCAAGAAGUUUGAGCACAGGUUCCCCGACAUGGCCCUCAAGCCGUAUCGGAGGGGGAGCAAGUACCUCAAGAAGUUCCGCGAGUUCGAGGUCUUGAGGUGA